AUGCAUGAGCAAAUGACGUUUGCACGUCAUCGCAUCGUCCAGUUGAGCCACAACAACCGUAAGCUGCAUUUGUUGAUCGACCGCGUGGAACGAGAUCGGGACAGUUUGCUUAUCGAGAAUAAGGUACUGCAGACACAACUUGACGGAUAUAAAGAUCGCGAAAGGAGUUACGACUUCUUGAAGAAGGAAUUGGUUUUAUUGCAGAAAAGCGUGACCCAGCAUGAGCACUUUUUCGGUAUGCAGACCUUGGACCCACUUCAGCAGAUCAGUGCUUCUGGCACAGUUAGCAGCACAUCCUCAAGUAUUUUGAACGACUUUCGAGCAGCGCUAUCCCAUGUUACCUCAUUUUCUCUCGCUCAUCUUAAAAUUGAAGAAUUGAAGGUAUGGGAGCAACAGCUAGAGAGUAUAUUGAGUGAUGUGCGUUCCAUUAAGGAAGAACGGGCACUUGAAAUGCAAAAGAAGCUAGACCGUCAGGUCGAAGAACAGAAUGAACUCAAGCUUUGCGUGAUAUGUCUUUCCAAAGAAAAGAGCAUUUUGUGUCUACCUUGCCGUCAUUUAUGCCUGUGCAAGACGUGCUCUCGCCGUCAAGAAGUAAUGAAGUGCCCAAUCUGUCGCCUAGAGAUAGAGGAAAUGCUAGCUGUGUACUCGUAA